GAUGAGAGGAAGCGGGAAGGACCGCCGGAGGUCACUUCACCGCUCUUCAAAGAUGGCCGACCACGUUUGGCGCAAAGCUGGCGCUGGAGUUGAUCCGGUUGAGGGCGAGAGCGCCGGCGCCGUCCGCUCCCCCUGCUGGUGUGGAGGUGUGGGAUGAAGGAUCUGCUGGACUGUGAAUGGGGCUCAGCGCUGAGCUGAUGAAGCUCUGCUGUCACAUUUUGUUAAAGUAUGAGCGCCCUGCCAUCACUCCUCUGACCCUAGUUCCCUGACUUUUCCGCUGUCCUUAACCCGACAAUGAGCAUUUGUGUGCGCAGUGGCCAUGGAGACAUGCCCGGCCGGUUUAACGAGGAUGCCCCCCGCCCCCCCAUCCCUGGAGAGGAGGACAGUUACAUUUCCGCCGUCCACCCUCCAUACCUCCCCCGCCCAGGUGGUCCGUCGGCCACCCCGCGGCGUUCUGACCUGGACCUCGGCUUUGAGCCUGAGGGCUGCGCCUCACCUGCGCCACCUCACUUGCGCUGGGCAGAAUCCCUGCACUUCCUGCUGGAUGACCGGGAUGGCACUGCGCUGUUCCGGGCCUUUCUGCUGCAGGAGGGAUGUUCCGACCUGCUGGACUUCUGGUUCGCCUGCAGUGGCUUUCGCAAACUCCCACCGGCCGGCGGGCAUGAUGGACGGAGGCUGAGGCUCGCCAAAGCCAUCUACAGGAAGUACAUAACUGAUAGCGGCGGUGGUGUCGUGGCAAGAAAGAUCAAACCGGCGACAAAGAGCUUCAUCCGAGAGUGCGUGUGCCGGGCCCAGCUGGACUCGGCGCUGUUUGAGCAAGCUCAGGUAGAGGUUCAGACACUGAUGGAGGAGCACACCUACCCACUCUUCCUCAAGUCCGACGUUUACCUGGCCUUCGUCCAGCGCUCCGGUGCUGAUGACAACAGCCCCAGGCGCUCCACAUCGCCUGGCAACCAGGAAACCUCAUUAACACGAUACCUGCCCACACUGAUGGAGGAUAAGGAAUGGACAGAAAGGACUGAGCCCUGCCAUGCCCACUCUGGCAGGCUCACUCAGAAGCUGCUGAUGAAGACUGCCACUCAACGUAGCACAGCCAAUCAGAUGAGGCCUGACCACUGGGAGGCCAAGUUUGGAGUGAGGGAGUUGGUAAACCCGUACUAUGUAAACAGUGGUUCCGCUCAUGCUCCGGUAACCAGUGGCAAUGACUCUGAGAUUCAGAGUCUGUCCAGUGAUGCAGAUACCAUCUCGCUGACGGACAGCAGUGUUGAUGGAAUUCCUCCGUAUCGUUUUCGUAAACAGCAACGCAAAAACAUGCAGGAAAACGUUAAGGCCAAUGGACAUGUACCCCUACCUCACAUACCGCGGACACACCGUUUGCCAAAGGAUGUCCAUGUAGAGCCUCAGAAGUUUGCAGCAGAGCUGAUCAGCCGGCUGGAGCUGAUCCAGAGAGAGAGAGAGAAUCAGAGAAAACUGGAGGAGAAACUACAGAGAGUCCGCAUGGAAGAAGAGUGUGAAGAUGCUGAUGUUUCCACGGUGACCUUGUUGCCAGGUUCCUGCCUCCGUUUCCAUGCAAAUGGUGUGGGUCAGUGGAAUGACAAUGCUCAGGCCAUUCUGGAUGAGCACCUGCAGAGGGUCAUGAAGAGUCCUGGCUGUCAGUCACCCAAAAACCCAUUGCACGCACAUGCAGAUUCGCAUCGGUACGGAAACGGGGGCCGUUGCUAUAGCGAGGGCAUGAACCUCGCAACGGGGACCAGUCAGAGCGAGGCAUCGAGUUAUGGCAGUAAGGUAAACUCCUUAUCUCGGCGCAGUCUGAGAGGGAAUAGUGAUGGGUGGCGUGGCCUGGAGGUACCAGAGGAGGCAGACCAGAAACAGAAAGAGAUUCUACAGUGGAUGAUGGAGGGAGAGAGAGAUAGUGGGCGCUACAGGAGGAGCUCGUCCUCUGUUUGUCCAGGCUGGGUCAGUGGGAGUGACCGUUAUGAUACAGUCCCCAGCACCAGCCAGUCAGAAGAGGGGAGGCGGCGAUCUGCACCGCAACACAGCAAACAGAGGUUAAAGCCCAGCUGCAGUAGGAAGCCCGUGUGUGAGAACAUCACUGUGGCCUAUUAUUUCUGUGGAGAGCCGAUACCAUACAGGACUUCCGUUAAAGGCAGGGUUGUCACUCUCGGACAGUUCAAGGAGCUUCUGACCAAAAAGGGAUCUUACAGGUUUUACUUUAAGAAAGUCAGUGAUGAGUUUGACUGCGGCGUGGUGUAUGAGGAGGUUCACGAGGACGAUGCCGUGCUGCCCAUAUUUGAGGAUCGGAUCAUUGGGAAAGUGGAGAAAAUUGACUGAAUGGAGACAGACCGCCUUAUCAGACUGAAAACUACGUCCCGUAUACCACAUACAUGAAUGUGACCCAGUUUCUGUUUCCACUACAGAAACUGGCCAAAUGUGUGUACACACUCAAAAACAUUGUGUUAAUUAACUGCAAAUACUGUGUUACCACGGUUUUAACACAUUUUACAUCAGGCUGAAAAAAACACUAUAUAUAUAAAAAAAAAAACGCUACAUAUGCUUGAUACAGUGUGUUAAAUACAGCAAUACACACUGGUUGGAUUAAAAGUAACACACUGUAUAAAUACAAUAAUACAUAUUGGUCUUGCUAAAUACAAUUAUAUACACCAGUUGUGUUAAAAGUAGCACGGUGAUAAGUAUGAUAACACACUCUGUUGUGUUAAAAAUAACACACUGUUUCGGUACAAUAAUAAGUACUAGUAGUGCUAAAUACAAUUAUACACACAUCUGGUGUCAAAGUAGGACAGUGUUCAGUAUGGUAACACAUACCAGUUGUGUUAAAGAAAAAACUGCGUUAAAUAUGCUAAUAUAUACCGGUCGUGUUAAAGUAACACACAGUGUUGAAUCUGAUAAUACAUACCGGUUUUGUUCAAAUUUGUGUUGUUUUUAAGCUAUUUGUUUUUUAAGAGUGUGCGUAUGUGUAUUUUAAAGGGUCUAAUUCACACUUUUUUAAAGUUUUGAGAUUUUUUCCCCCACAUUUUUGCCUCUCAGCAUCUAUUAGCAUUUAGCAACACUCGAAGCAUUUGUUUACUAAAUCUCCAUAUUUUUGAUACUGCACUACUGCAAAGCCAGUGUGUUUUUUACAGUGUGUAAAAGUGCUGCUAUGUACAGGCUGUUUCAGUGUGAUAACUCUUUUUAGGUAAUGUAACACUAAGACUUUUAUUUUGAAACUGAACUGACAAGGUGUACAAAUGGUACUUCAGUUUUGUUUUCUAUUCUUUAUUUUUUUAGCUCUUGUUUUGUAAUUCUUGCGGGUACUUUGGGCUUCCACUCUUCAUAAUUAUUUUGACUGUGCAUCGAGAAAUGUUUUUAAAAUGCUUUUUGUACUUUUUCUUCUACUUUUUCUUAUUAACGGUAAGAUUUCUUCAUGAACAGUUAAAGCGCGUAGUUUUGAUGUUCAUAGUUGGCCACAGUUCUUCAGAGCAAGCUUGCUUAGAUAGCUGGCUAAUUUUUGUUUCAUACGCUUUGUGAUCUGCAAUCGGCAAAAAAAAUCUCCAGAAAUUUCCACUCUAUAAUGUUAAUAUAGCUUUAAAAUGCAUUAUUCUCUCCAGGCUCUGCCCACGUGUUCUUUUGUACUUACUGUACAUUCAGCCUAAUGAGAAACUGUAGAACGGACUCGGUUUAUAUCACAAUACCUACAUUUAGAGUCGGUUAUUCAUUCAGCCUAAUGAGAAACUGUAGAACGGA